AUGCAAGCACUCGCUGACUCAACCGCGGACGACACCGCCAGCGAGCCGCCUUCCUCACUGGAAUCCCUUGAUGAGGGGGAGUUCCUCUCAUCCGUUGCGCAUGCAGUAGGGUCGCGGAAGCGCAAGGCGGCGGAGAUCGAGGAGGUCCCCUUCGCGGAUGCACCUGUUGAGGGUGGAAGCGAGGAGUCGGAGGUGACGUGUCAGCUGCGCCGUGCGAUUGCUGCUGUCAUCCUCCGCGGCAGCGGGGCUGGCGGACCGUGCCCCGCACUUGGCGCUGCUUCUUCCGACGUUCCCUCGCCUCCCGCGGCUGCGCCGCUGCCAAUCGUUACCACUCUUCUCGCCAACCCCGCCGACAGGACGCUCACCCAUGGCCCGCUACCAAUGCCCUUUCGCCUGCCCAUCGCCAAUGUUGCGGCAGAGGUGCCAAUGGGGCAGCAGAUCAUGAUGCGGAUGAUUGGUUGCAACGACCGGCAGAUUGCGGGCGAGUGCAUCAAGGCGCGGAGCAUGGCGGAGAGGCAGAGGUGGGAAAGGAUUAGUGAGGGGCUGCAGAAGCUGCAGUUGGUGGUGCGCGGGCAUGGGGACACGGCCACCAUGCUUGAAAAGGCUGUCGCGUAA